AUGGUGGUCUCCCCAGGACCAGACUUCUGUGGAUCUUCCUUAAAUCCUGCUGUGACUAACAAGACUGGGGACAGGCAGUCUCACCAGGAACCUGGGCCAACUUCUGUCAUGUCUCUGAAGCUGAGGCAAUGGGAUUACGGGGACUGUGGAAGCCUGACGUUCAGAGCAGGAGAAGAACUGAAAAGAUUGCAGAAUCCUUUAAAACAAGUUAAUGAUGGAAAAUAUUUACUUGAAAAUCACCCGCUGGCCACGGAUGUGGAGAAUAAUAUUGAAAAAUAUCAUCUCAAUCUACAGCCCUUGGAAUCAAAGGUGAAAAUCAUCCAGCGAGCAUGGCGCGAGUACCUGCAGCGACAGGAGCCCCUGGAGAAGAGGAGCCCAUCACCGCCCUCUGUGUCCUCAGACAAGCUGAGCAGCUCUGUCAGCAUGAACACCUUCUCAGACAGCAGCACACCCGUGAGUGCACGUUUCCUUUUCAUGACCUUGGGAUUUCCCAUUGUGGACCAUGUCAACUGUCCUGCGAUGUCUAAUGGCUUCAGUGUUGCUUUGGGUGGUUAA